AAGCGAAUUCCAUCCGGGGAACGUGAAAUCGUCGAGUGUUUCAACUCUUCGUAGAUUGAAUGUCGAUUCGUGAGAAAAGAGUUCGCGCUCGGUUUGGUCUGGAUUUGAGGAAGCGAGGGAAGAAGGAAGCAAUGGGUGCUCGAUUUUAUCUGCAGUCUGGGAGUAGAGAUUGGUAGUGAGGGAGGUCGAUUAGCCUCGUUCUGCUUUGGGGUUCUGUUUGUUGGCUCCGAGGGAGCUGCUAGGACCUCAGGAGCCAUUUGGAAGAUUGCCUGUUUUUCCUACGAGCCCCGUGCUGCCGGUCGGGCGGUGUCGAUGCAUAAUUCAAAAUCUUUGUUCAUAAAUAUUUCCUUCACGUUCAUCUCGAGUUGGAUUCAAACAGGGGAUCGGCUGAUCGAGCCUUUGUUCGUUUGGGUUUACGCCUUCUUCGUCGUGGGGAUCACCAUGGCCUUCUUCGCGAGCCGGACGGUGAGGGCGGGGCAAUUGCUGGGAGCCAGGCUGCGCGCAGCCAGCCCUCUGACCGCAGCAGCUGCAGCAUCCGCCUCCCGUGUCCGAGACACCGCAGAACUUGCUGCUGCAGAGGCCGGACCCCAACAAAACAAGAAGGAAUUCGCGUUCGCAGCCAUCACUGCCUGUGUCGGAGCUGCUGCCUUCUUCUCAGCCUGGGGCCCUGGGUACUCGUCACAGCCAGUUCUUCUUCAAGAAGCACCGAAAGGAGCUUUGGACCCCAACACCUGGAUUCACUUCAAGUUGGAAAAAAUUGAACAGCUCAGCCACAAUACCAAAAUGCUCAGGUUUGGUUUCGACGAUGCAAAUGCUGUAUCUGGACUCAGCGUGGCUUCCUGCUUGCUCACAAGAGCACGUAUCGGGAACGAAGGGAAGGAUGGAAAGCCAAACUACGUCAUCCGCCCAUACACACCUGUUACCAGCCCUGAUGUUAAGGGCUACUUCGACCUCGUAGUGAAGAUCUACCCUGAAGGAAAGAUGACCCAACACAUGGCAAAGCUUGGUGUUGGGGAUACGCUAGAAGUGAAAGGACCCCUUCCCAAGAUCCCAUACUCUCCCAACAUGAAGCGGCAUAUUGGCAUGGUAGCAGGAGGGACAGGCAUCACUCCUAUGUUCCAAGUUAUCGACGCCAUCCUUUCAAAUGAGUCUGAUAUGACUCAGAUUUCUCUUGUUUAUGCCAACGUCUCACCAGACGACAUUCUCCUCAAAAAGACGCUCGAUGAUUUGGCUGCUUCUCAUCCCAAUUUUAAGGUUUUCUACGUGGUCAACAACCCAACCGCCAACUGGAAGGGUGGAGUUGGUUUCACCACAUAUGAUACGAUCGUCAAAGCUCUCCCGCCACCGUCUGACGAUACCCUCAUUCUCGUUUGUGGACCUCCUGGAAUGAUGAAAGCCAUCUCUGGCGACAAGGAAUCUCCAAAAAAUCAAGGAGAGUUGACGGGACUUCUCAAGAGUGCAGGAUACUCCGAACACCAGGUUUUUAAGUUCUAAGAUAUUCCGGAUGCAAUCAAACCGGUAGUUCUAGUGCUAAGAGGCACAUAUAUGGUGUAGACGUCUGUUAUAGUCUAGUUUGAGCUGCGGGAGUACGCGGGAGAGUGAUAUACAGAUGAACAUUAGUUUCUGCAUUGUCAAGGUCAUGUCUGGAAAGCGAGUGAUACUUGAGAUUUUUUGACACCGGUACAAGGAUAGAAUUGCGAGAAAUAACAGGAUCCAUGCCCUUCUGGUCACCUGUUCCAGAAACGCUAAACGUGGAAAACAUUGAGAAUGUAUUAUCGCCUGAAAGAGUCGUCAGCAUCUGUAACAUGUCUGACAACAGGCAUGUCUCUGAUCCCAGCGCAGUACACAUGUAAGUCUGUGGCUCUGCUCCUUGAAAUUCAGGAGCUACGAUCAUGAAACAUGUACUUAAAGAUCCCCUCAAGAUCAUUCUAGACAUUCCUAGUUCCUGAUAUUUGGUGAAUCAUGCGGACUUUUAUUCCAUGGCGACAUGGAGAAGGCAAGAAGUAAAAGUACAAUAUGUCCCA